AUGUCAUCAAAGUGCACUUACCUUUUUGGUCAAGGGCCCAUAAAGAACUCCAGAGUUAAGCGUGUUUGGGCUGGAGUAGUGGAAGGAUGGGUGACCUUUCGGGAAGUCCUCUGCGAAACCGUAGGGGAUGGGGUGUAUUGGGCUGCAGCCCUAACAGCGCCGGGCCGGCGGUGGGCUGGUGAGCCGGGCUGUUACAGUUUAACUUCUCCAGAGCUGGUUUGGAAAAAUACUUGGGAGGCUCUUUCAGAUGACUUACAAAUGAUUAGAAGACGCGAGCUUAAUAGACCUGAAUAUAUCUUGAGUGAUGAAGACCGGAGAGAAUUGUGUUUGCAAGAGAUUGAAAACAUAUUAAAAAGGAACGGUGGAGAUUUCUCACGUUUUAAGACUAUGCCGAAGCCACGAAGAACUGUUGCAAGAGAGGAAAAUGUUUUAAUCGUCGACGAGAAAAGCUACAAUCAGAAAGAACAGAAAGAGAAUCACGACAGAGAUUUGCCAAAGCUAACCGAUGAGCAGAAGAAAGUGUAUGACGAGAUUGUUGGUGCUGUUUUAGAGAGAACUGGAGGUGGAGAUCUCGCAAAUCUGGUGAAAGAAGCUUCUCUGAUUAUAUGGGAUGAAGCUCCGAUGAUGCAUAAGCAUUGUUUUGAGUCUUUGGAUCGCUCACUGUCUGAUAUUGUUGGUAAUGAAGAUGGGAAACCUUUUGGUGGAAAGGUUGUCUUUGGAGGUGAUUUUCGACAGGUUCUUCCUGUGAUUCCUGGAGCCGGUAGAGCAGAGGUUGUAUGCUCUGCUCUGAACUCAUCUUAUCUCUGGAAGCACUGCAAGGUUCUCAAGCUAACCAAAAAUAUGCGAUUACUAUCUGACAACUUGACCGCAGAAGAAGCAACUGAUCUAAAGUAUUUUUCUAAAUGGAUUCUUGAUGUUGGGGAUGGUAAGAUAGAAGAACCUAACGAUGGAGAAGCUGAGAUAGAUAUUCCGGAAGAGUUUUUAAUAACUGAUGCAGAGGAACCUAUCGAAGCCAUAAGCAGAGAAAUAUAUGGAGAUGCUUCUGAUCUACAGGACAAUACAGAUCCCUUAUUUUUCCAAGGCAGAGCUAUUCUCUGUCCCACUAACGAAGAUGUCAACAUGAUCAAUGAAUACAUGCUCGAUAAGCUGAAUGGGGAGGAGAGAACCUAUCUAAGCUCUGAUACAAUAGAUCCUUGUGACACAGCCGCUAUUAACGACGAGGCUCUAAGCACGGAAUUCCUAAACAGCAUAAGAGUAGCUGGUUUACCUAAUCACGCUUUGCGACUGAAGGUUGGCUGUCCAGUUAUGUUGCUCAGAAAUAUUGAUCCCAUAGGAGGUCUAAUGAACGGAACGAGAUUGCAGAUAACUCAAUUAGCUGAUUUUAUGGUUGAAGCUAAAGUUAUAACAGGAGAUAAGGUCGGUGUGAAGGUUAUUAUUCCUAGGCUUUUGAUUACUCCAUCGGACACCCUACUUCCUUUCAAGAUGAGGAGAAGACAACUUCCUUUAGCUGUUGCAUUCGCAAUAACCAUCAACAAGAGCCAGGGUCAGUCUUUAUCACAGGUUGGGAUAUUCUUGCCAAGGCCUGUUUUCUCUCAUGGACAGCUUUACGUCGCAAUCUCCAGGGUAACCUCCAAGAAGGGAUUGAAGAUCUUGAUCGUCGACAGCGAAGGGAAGCCGCAGAGGAGAACAACCAAUGUUGUUUUCAAAGAGGUUUUCAAGAACCUCUAA